CAUCAGUGGCAGUUGACAGUUGAAGCUCUGGUGGCUGAUACUAUAGUCUUGCCUUGGAAGAGCGAGCUAGUGUGCUUUGCAGCUAGUGUUAUACUUCCAGCGAUUAUCUUGUUGUUCAGAACACAAUAAAAUCUGUGCUUUUCCUGAACAUUUUUUUUAUUUUAUUUUUUUCUAUUUGGUGGAUUUAUUUAACAUCUGGAGAUGAGCCGGAGAGAGCUGAGACGGCUCCUGGAGGACCAGCGAACAUGGAGCCGUCAAGGAGAUCAUGAUGAGUCAUCGCAGACCGUGUUUGAGGAGAGGCUGCGGUCUGAGCGACGCAGAGGUGUAAGAAGAACUCGUCAGAACACCCGGGAACAUCCAUCAAGCGGAGAAACAUCUCCUCGGCUACAGAGACCUCGGAGGGAGCACAGACAUCGAAGCCGCUCUCCUCUUCCUACUCCUCCGGUAGCAACAACGGACAGACCAAGCCCAGAUCCUCGCCCUGGUCCAAGCUCCCAGCAACCAGCUGAGAAUGAGCAGAAUCUUCCAGCCAUGGUGAUUGAGAUCGACGGGCAGAAUCUCUCCGCCAUGAUGAUCGAGAUUGACGAGCAGAAUCUCCUGGCCAUGAUGAUCGAGAUUGACGAGCAGAAUCUCCUGCCCAUGAUGAUCGAGAUUGACGAGCAGAAUCUCCUGGCCAUGAUGAUCGAGAUUGACCAGCAGAAUCUCCUGCCCAUGAUGAUCGAGAUUGACGAGCAGAAUCUCCUGGCCAUGAUGAUCGAGAUUGACCAGCAGAAUCUCCUGGCCAUGGUGGAAGAGAUCUACGGAUUCCAAAUGACCACCGUUGCAGAGGAUGAAGCAGCACAAUCGUGUGCUAUCUGUCUGAUGGAGUACGAAGAAGGGGAGCGAGUGAUCGUCCUGUCCUGCAGCCACAGGUAUCAUCCAAGCUGCAUCUUACGGUGGUUUGCAACAAAUCUCAGCUGUCCUCUGUGCCGCAGAGAGUGCAUCCUGAGGCCGGCCGUGUGCCUGAUCCGCUGAGUACGGCGAGAAGAGGAACAUCUAAAUCCCCAUCUUCUCUCCAUUCCGUACCAUCUCCUCCACUGUCCAGUUCCAUCAGCCGACUACUAUAUCUCCUGUACUCCUACCACCCUCCUGUGGCCUAGGCUGGACAUAUCCACAGACUCCAUCACCACACUGGGCCUGAUUUAGGUCUCGACGCUGUAGCGGAACAUGCAGUCAAGUACUGAUGUUCGGUACCUUGCACAUGUGCCGGACCCAUGCAUGUGCAGUACAGGUCUAUGGCGUUGGUCAUACUACGGUAUUAGAUUAUCAGUGAUUGACGGUCUGAUGCUGCGUGAGGACGGGGAACGGGCGGUAACAGCCUCAGUUUCCCUAAAUGGAUUUGUGUCGCCGCCGUUGUUGGGGAGGGAUGCGGUUAAGAGCUCCGUCUGAGGUUGGAGAUAUCCUGGCCCCUUCAUAGUAGAUAAGGUGGCUGACUUCCGUGACUCCUUGGGUCACUCGGCCUGCUUCCAUGUAAGCAGUGCGAUAGCUCCUCCAUCCACAUAUGAAUCAGGCCCACUGUGUCCCUAUCAGCCAGUGGCCAUCUUAUGUGUGGCACUGGGGGAAUCCUAUGCAUAGCCCACAGCCAUCCUGCUUUGGACAGGAUAGUCCCACUUUUCGGGAACUGUCUGGCUGUCCCACCCAUGGGGCACACUGUUCCAGGGUGGGGAGUUAGGGGGAGCACUCUCACCCCUGCUCUGUAUAGCAUAGAUGCCAUGCGCCCAGAAUCCACCAGGGCCUGAUUCAGAGAUGGAUGCAGAUCAUACAGUAGCUGCGUCUAUGAAGGCAGCUGCUGAAUGAAAAUAUAUAAUGGCCAAGGAGGCGUCUUGUACAAUCAGACAUCAGCUGAUGUCUUCUCUGAUCCGCUGCUGUUCUAAGCAUUGUACCAUCUGCAUGAGCAUCGGUCAUCCGAGUAACCCUCAGGCCUCUUUACACCAAAAAGAUGGGUCCGACAUCAGUGGCAGAACUUGAGAGUGGUGGGCCCAUGUGCAAAAAUAUGCUCUGGGCCCCCCUCCUCCGCCCUACGGGAGAUGCAGUGGGUGACAGCGGGGAGAGGCUGUGGGUGACGGAUAGAGGUAGAGGGAGACAUUGGAAAUCAAAGGGUGAUGGGGAAGGCAGAGGGUGAUGGGGAGAAGCAUAGGGUGACAAAGGAAUGCAGAGGGAGACAAGGAGAGGUAGAUGGUGAUGGAGAGGCGGUGGGAUGGUUAUAGCAAAAGGCAGAGGGUGACAGAGAGAAAUUGACAUGGAGAGGGUGACAGGGAGGUAGUGGGUGAGAAGGAGACAGUUGGUAACAGGGAGAUAGUAAGAGACAGGGAGAGGGUGACAGGGUGAUAGUGACAGGGUGAUAGUGAGUGGCAGGGAGAGGGUGACAGGGUGAUGGUGAGUGGCAGGGAGAGGGUGACAGGGUGAUGGUGAGUGGCAGGGAGAGGGUGACAGGGUGAUAGUGAGUGGCAGGGAGAGGGUGACAGGGUGAUGGUGAGUGGCAGGGAGAGGGUGACAGGGUGAUGGUGAGUGGCAGGGAGAGAUUGACAGGGUGAUGGUGAGUGGCAGGGAGAGGGUGACAGGGUGAUAGGGAGUGUCAGGGAGAGGGUGACAGGGUGAUAGGGAGUGUCAGGGAGAGGGAGACAGGGUGAUAGGGAGUGUCAGGGAAAGGGUGACAGGGUGAUAGUGACAGGGAAAGGGUGGCAUGUAGAUAAUUGGUGAAAGGGAGAGAGUGGCAUGGAGAUAAUUGGUGACAGGGAGAGAGUGACAGUGACAGGGUGAUAGUGAGUGGCAGGGAGAAGGUAGUAUUAAGAUAGUGGGUGACAGUGACAGGGUGACAGGGCGAUAGUAUCAGGGAGAGGGUGACAGUGACAGUGAGAAAGUGGCAUGGAGAUACUGGGUGACGGAGAGGGUGACAGUAACAGGGAGAGUAUGACAGGAUGAAUGUGGGUGACAGGGUGAUACUGAGUGGUAGGGAGAGGGUGGCAUGGAGAUAGUGGGUGCUUGGGGAGGCAAUAGAGAAAAGCAAUGAAGUGGCUGCAGGCAACGUCAUUCAAAAGUUUACUUACAGUACUUCUGUGUCCAGGUCCUACAACACUUCUGUGUCCAGGUCCAGGUCAGAUCAGCGCUGCUUGGCUGUGAGAUGGGCUGGGCUGUCUCUACAUGCAGUGGCAGGGCUGGCCUCCAUCCACUCAUCUUGGCCACGAUGCAGGGGCAGAUCUAGACUUUACUUUUAGGGGGCGGUAAUUAUUUCUCCUGACUCCUCCCCUUUUUCAUGCCAACUCCUCCCCUUUACAAUGUCUCUUACGGUGACCUGGGCCAAGUGCCCAGCAUCACUCCUUAUAUGCGGCUCAGGCCUAUGGGUCUGCCUACUUGUGGGCACUCAAUCUAAAUAGGGCCUAGUACGCCUUAACUGGCCACAGGCCUAAGGCCUGAGUUUUAGCCAUGCGCCUAGUGCCUGCCUACCAUGGGGCUGGUUGGGUGAACUGGGCCUAAUGCCCAGAGUCACCUUAUACACCUACAGGGGCCACACUUAACUGAUAGGGCCUAGUGCCCUCUGACCACAGGCCUAAGCGUGAACUGAGCCACAGGCCUAGUGCGCGAUAUCUGCGCCCUGAACCAAAGGGCCCGCCUAGUGCGCCACAGGCCUAGUGUCUGAUUUGACCCCAGGGGCCUAAUGCCUGAAAUCUGAUGGUCUAGUGGUGAAGGGGUUGACUUGCGCGCCUCAGUGUUGGCCUACCUACCCUGUUGGAGAGGCGAUGCCCGAUCCUCAACUUCUGUCUUUGGCUGCCGCCCCUUCUCCAUGGUCAGCUGGCGCUGGAGGUCUUCUUUCUUGAUGGCAGCGCAUUCAGGCCACUUCCACAGCCUCAGGAACUGCCAACUCCUCCCCUUUACAGUGUCUUUUCUGGUGACCUGGGCCAAGUGCCCAGCGUCACUCCUUAUAUGCGGUUCAGCCCUAUGGGCCUGCCUACUUGUGGGCACGCAAACUAAUAGGGCCUAGUACCCCUUAACUGGCCAAAGGUCUAAAGCCUGACUUUAGCCAUGGGCCUAGUAUCUGCCUACCAUGGGGCAGUUUGGAUGACCUAGGCCUAAUGCCCAGAGUUACCAUAUACACCUAUGGGGGCCACACUUAACUGAUAGGGCCUAGUGCCCUCUGACAUGCCCACAGGCCUAAGCCUGAACUGGUCAACAGGCCUAGUGCUCGACCUCUGCACCCUGGGCCAAAGGGCCCGCAUAGUGCGUCACAGGACUAGUGUCUGAUUUGACCCCAAGGGCCUAAUGCCCAAAAUCUGGUGGUAUAGUGGGGAAGGGGGUGACUUGCGUGUCUCACUGAGGGCCUACCUACACUGUCUUUGGCCGCCGCCCCUUCUCUGCGUUCAGGCGGCGCUGAUGAACUUCUUUCUUGAUAGCAGCAUAUUCAGGCCUCUUCCGCGGCCUCAGGAACUGCUCCCGCAGCAUCCUCUUCACUCUCCGGCCGCUGCGAUCCCUUCUUCUUUCUUCCAUGGCAUCCGUCUUCUUUGGUCCCAGCAGGGGCAGCCCAGCAUCUCCAGAAAUGCUGGGCACCCCCCCAAAGUGUUGCGCCUUCCAAAGGUCCUGUCAAUCCUACAGGGGGUUUCAUAAAACAAACUGCUAUCAGACAUCGGUGCUUAUAACACUGUUGUCAUCUUGAUAAAGACGCUGCACAGCGUAGAAAUGUGUAGAAACAGUGUUUUAUAUUGGUCUGACAACCAAAAUCCAUAUUUCUGAACCCACUGCGUAUUGAUACCCGGGUUACAUCUUCCAGUGGAUUGUAUAUAAAAUCAUUAUGGUACAGUUGUCUUGUCCAAUUUUAUGUAUUUAUCAUUUCUAAUAAAUACUUUUGGAUUAGAAUACGGUUCUUUCUGGUUCCAUAUAUAUGUUAUUUGAGACAUCAGUCUCUAUCAUUAUCCAGCCAUUGGGACUACAGAAGUCCAAAGAAACCUUUAUGUGCGUUGCAUCUAUUUGUUACAAGUAAGCGUACAUGUAAAAAUCUGCUCAAGUUUGCAUCUAUCACCACUUUGGGUGUCGACGUAAAGGAAUGAGAGAUUUAUAAUUGGAUUGGGACCUUCCACACACUCUUCCCUUCCUUGUAUCACUGACUGGUGGAGCUGUGUUUAUUUGCAGUAUUACACUAAUGUGUGAUUUUCUUGUUUCUAUGUGAUUACCAUCGGACAUUACAUCGUUUGACUCUAUUGUGAAAUCACCACAUUGAGGAUCAACAAAAGUUUGGGACAUUUUAAGUGCAAGUGAGAUUGUACCCUUUUUCUUUUCCAUAUGUUGUUAUAGGUUGGUGAGCUAUUUUGUACUAUCUCAUGCUGCUUCAUUGUGCAGCGCCAUAGGAGGAAUUGUUUAUUGUAUUCUUCAGCUCCUGCCCGGCCUCUGAUGUCAGACAGGGGCAGGGCCUAUGACGCAACCUGAGCUGAUUGGCUACAGCAGAGUAUACUAGGGUGCCUGCUGUGGUUUCUCCUCCCUUUUUGCUCACCUCUGUGGCUUCAGCUUCGGGGGUGGCUUUAACUUUUUCAGAAUUUAAUGAAGAGCUGAGAGAAGAUGAAGCUGUUUUCUCGACGGAGGCAUCGGUGGCUGGUCCGCCUGAGACUACAGGUGAGGCACAGCCAGAUUAAGGGAGGGCCCAGGGGAUACGUUACCCCGGGCCCCAUAGCCUCUCAGGGGCCCCUGUGUUGGACCAAUUUGUUUUUCAGAGAUGGAGACAACCUUGUCUCCAUCUCUGCAGCGGUCGGGGCCGCCCCCAUGCACAAUCAGAGCGCCUGCCUGGCUGCUCCUCACAGAGAGCUCUGAUCGGCAGAGCUCUCUGCAUUGGAUACAUUGCACCCACACAGCUGAGGCCGGGAGCUACUGAGCAUGUGCAGUAGCAGCUCAGCUCAUAUGGACUCCGGCAGUGACUCUCCUCUUACUUAUUUGGUUAAUUUUGUAUUUUGCGUGUGUAUGCGUGUGUGUGUAUUUGUAGGUAUGCGGUGUGUAUGUAUGUAUGUAUGUAUGUAUGUAUGUAUGGUGUGUGUGUGUGUGUGUGUGUGUAGGUAUAUGCUGUGUGUAUAUGUGUGUGUGCGUGCUAUGUGUGUUUGUAGGUAUGCUGUCUAUGUAUUUAUGUAUGUAUGUAUGUAUGUAUGUAUGGUUGUGUGUGUGUAUGUAUGUAUGUAUGCAUAAUAUAUGUGUGUGUAUGUAUGCUGUAUGAGUAUGUAUGCUGUGUGUAUGUAUGCUGUGUAUGUGUAGGUAUACUGUGUGUAUGUAUAUAUAUAUAUAUAUAUAUAUAUGUAUGUAUGUAUGUAUGUAUGUAUGUAUGCUGUGUGUGUUUGGAUGCAUACUGUGUGUGUGUGUGUGUGUGUGUGUGUGUGUGUGUGUAUGCUAUAUGUGAGUGUAUUCAUGAUAUGUGUGUUUGUAGGUAUGCUGUGCAUGUAUGUAUGUUGUGUAUAUGCAAGUAUGGUGUGUGUGUGUGUGUGUGUGUGUGUGUGUGUGUGUGUGUGUGUGUGUGCUGUGUGAAUGCAUGUAUGUAUGGUGUGUGUUUGUAUAUAUGUAUAUGAACACAUGCAUAUUAUAUAUAUAUUGGGCCUAUAUCAGUUAGGAUUGCAAAGUCUGCUAAGAUGCAGAAUUUGCAAUCCUUGUGAUCGCAUGCUGACAGCUGCCCAUCGCAGGGCAAGACCACCCGGCAUGCUGACUGCCACCGCCACCCCCCUCCCCCCUUGAGCAAGCAGAAUUUGCGAUUGCACAGCAAUUUCUGCUUGAUUGCAAAUAAUGGGUAGCCUCCUGCCGGCGCAGGCCGCCAACACUUUUGUGAUUGCAGCGGCUGUGUGUGACAUCAUGCAGCCAUCCCGACCACGCCACUGCCGCACUCCAUUCACGCCGCCGUGCACCCGCAAUGCUCCGUUUCCAGCUAGGAAUUGUAACGUUGCUGCCCAAUGAACGUCCACCCUCCAUGCCCACGAAUGCCUCUGCCUGAUUGACAUGCAGAGGUGUUCUCAUUUUCUGCUGGAGCGCGCAGGAAAUGUGGGUGCAUGCGCAGGAGAGGCCCUGCGGAUUUGCCCACUUCCUUUUAGUAAUUCUUGCAGUUGGAUCGCAAAUAGUCGACCAUAGUCCUUAGGGCGCCCCCUUGACUUGAGUUCCCCAGACCCCCGUAGCCUUUAUCUGGCUCUGAGAUGAGGCACCGGGGGAAUCAGACGAUGACGAUAGAUCUUCCUCCUCUUCGCUGUCACCUUCUGCUACUAGCGCGGUCAGGGUAUAGAAGCGUUCUGCUAAGUAUGCUAGACAAGAGGCUGUUAGGCGCGGCUAAGCUCCGGCGGGUUUAGAUAGUUUGCGCAGGGCUUAGCAGCGUUUAGGCGCAUGCAGGACUUGUUGCGCUGUUUGUUGGUCUUGUACGUCUCCCCCUGUCCUCCCUACUCGGGGAUUAGCUACUCGCCACUGUUGGCAGUGGGAGUCUAGAGGGAUUUAACAAUUUUUUACCUGGACUGACGGACUUAAUUCGGCUUAAUUAUACUUGAUUUGGCUAAUUGGAUUUUAAUUAUAUGUCCCUCAGCAGGUUUUAAGUUUUACCUCUAGCCGAGUUUACUUGUGUGACCCCCCCCCCCAUUUAUUUGUUUUACCUCCUAUCCUAUUGUAUCUAUAUGUUGCUUCGAUUGGCCUGAAGCUCGUUUACAUGGAAUUUCCAUGCUAUUUUUUUUUUUCUUUUUGGCAGAUCCUCAUUUCAUUAUGUUUCCAACAGAACUGUUUCUAUUUUACGUGUCAGUUUGAUCAUUUUCUCUGGUUCUUUCCAUCCCUUAUAGGUUUGCUGGGCGAUAGGCGCAAGGAUGGCAUAGCUGCCCGCUCAUGUCUUCUGCUCGGCUAGGUUUAUGGCUUUAAGUUUACGCCUUUAAAGCUCAUUUAAAUAAAUAGAUAACAGUUUCUGCCAAA